AUGGAACAAUUCCUGUACAGAAUACAGGAUUUGUACGCUCGUUUAGAAAAUUCGGGUGUAAAGCUGUCAAAAUACAUGCAAGUUGCCAUGAUUUUGCGAAGCUUACCGAAAUCAUUUGAUGGGCUCACAACUGCAUUGGAGUCACGCUCGGAUGAAGAACUCACGAUAGAGCUCGUCAAAUCGAAGCUCAUCGAUGAGAGUGAGAAGCUGCGCGAUCGAGGGAAGCUUCCAGCGUCGAUGGCGCUGGCACCGAUGAAGGAACACUCGGAAGAGAAACAGCGCGAGCUGGUGAAGGCUCUGCGCGAUCUGAAAGCCGAGCUGAAAGAGGAGCGCAAACAGCGGGCGGCGGCCGUGGCCGCCAAGAAGAGGCUCGAGGGUGACCUACUGGACACGGAGGCAAUACUCGAGAUGAACAUUAAGGUGAUGGAGGACGCCAUGCGGAUGCGCGUGGAGCUGCAGGGCAAGAUCACGAAGCUGCAGCAGGAAAAGCAAAACCUCAAGCAGCAGUUGAACCAAGAUGAGGAUGAGGCGGGACGUGCGCUCAAGACGGAGCUGAUGAGUGACUCAAACCUACCUUUGGAGGAGCACCAGUUGCGUUUCGCUCCGGAGGCUGCCAACCCGGAAGAAAAGGAGAUCGCCGCUACGGUCAAUAAGGGGAAGGCUGAGCAACUCGUGUAA